CUCUUCCUCUAUUCUUUAUCCGUACAUACCACUUAUAUCUAUCUAUAUCUAUCUUGUAUAUAUAUAUCGUUGUGUCUAUAUCAUGCCGUUCAACACCGCCCUCACCAGGAAACUGGGCAUCACAGUCCCCGUUGUCCAGGGCGGCAUGCAAUGGGUUGGCUACGCUGAGCUCGCAUCAGCGGUCAGCAACGCCGGUGGACUCGGAAUCUUAACCGCCCUCACGCAACCCACGCCGGAAGACCUACGCAAAGAAAUCCGCCGCUGCCGAACCCUCACCAAACGUCCCUUCGGCGUAAAUAUCACGCUCCUCCCUGCCCUCGUGCCCCCCGACUAUGCCGCCUACGCACGCGUCGUGAUUGAAGAGGGCAUCAAAAUCGUCGAAACCGCAGGCAACAGCCCUGGCCCCGUAAUUGAGCAACUGAAAAAGGCCAACACGAUCAUCCUCCACAAAUGCACGACCAUCCGGCACGCCAAAGCGGCAAUCCGGCUCGGCGUCGAUUUUCUCUCUAUUGACGGCUUCGAGUGCGCCGGCCAUGUGGGCGAAACCGACAUCACCAAUUUCAUCCUCCUCAGCCGCGCGAGACAGGACCUUAAAAUCCCGUUUAUUGCGUCCGGCGGGUUUGCAGAUGGCCAGGGUCUAGCGGCGGCGUUGGCGCUAGGCGCGGAGGGGAUCAAUAUGGGGACAAGGUUCAUGGCCACGAUCGAAGCGCCGAUUCAUAAUAAUAUCAAAGAAGCCAUUGUCAAGGCGCAGGAGACGGAUACGGCGCUGGUGCUGCGGAGGUGGAAGAAUACGACAAGGCUGUUCAAGAAUAAGGUUACGAAUGAGGCGGUGAAGAUCGAGAAGGAGAGCCAGACCGGUGAGUUUAAGGAGGUUGCGCCCUUUGUUAGUGGGCAGCGCGGGAGGCAGGUGUUUAUUAACGGCGAUCCUGACUUUGGUGUGUGGACUGCCGGCCAGGUUAUUGGUUUGAUUCACGAUAUCCCGACGUGCCAAGUGCUGAUUUCGCGUAUUGAGAAGGAGGCUGCGGAGACGCUGAACAGGGCCAAGUCUCUGUAUUCUGAGGGCGCGCAGAGCAAGCUCUGAUCUAGACAAUAUACUGCCAGAUAGAUGAAUACAUAUUGUAUUGACUAUACAAUGCAUCGAAUCUCUCAA